AUGUCCACUGCUUACAAGACGGUUCAAACAUCAAACCUCGAAGUCGCGUACUAUGACCAUGGCGAGAAAGUUGGCUGGCCGGUCGUUCUAUCUCACGGAUUUCCCUACGAUCCUCAUGCAUUCGACGAAGUCGUCCCACAUCUGACGGCGAAAGGCGCGAGGGUCAUCGUGCCCUAUCUCAGAGGAUAUGGUCCCACACGAUUUCUGUCAAAUGCCACUCCACGCGCCGGACAGCAAGCUGCGCUCGGCUCUGACCUGAAAGAGCUUCUAGACGCCCUUGAGAUCGAGAAGGCCGUCCUUGCUGGUUUUAACUGGGGCGGGCUCGCAUCCUGCGUCGUCACAGCACUGUGGCCCGAGCGGGUGUCUGGACUCGUUUGUUACGCUGGCUACGAUAUAAUCGAUCGAAAGGCUCAACUUCAACCGAGUACAGCAGGUCUCGAAUGCGUCAUGUGGUAUCAGCACUUGUUCCAGUACGAGCGUGGCAAAGUCUGCUUGAGGAACAACAGGCGAGAGCUGGCACAAAUUCUUUGGCGACAAUGGUCACCCACGAGUCCAUUUAUACACAAGAAGUUCGACGACGUAGCGCCGUCUUUUGAUAAUGUGGAUUUUGUAGACGUCGUAAUCGGGGCAUAUCGGCAUGUGUUGGGCACAGAAGAAGGAGACCGAUCUUUGGAGAGCCUUGAGGAGAGACUUGCGACUCUACCGGCAAUCACGGUGCCUUGCAUCACUCUCGAUGGAACGCAAGACCCCUUGAAGCCAGGGGGCUCUGCAGCACAUGCGCACCAUUUCGUCGGCCGUCAUGAGAGGCGUGAGUAUGAUGUCGGCCAUGCGUUCCCUCUUGAAGAACCGAAAGCUUUUGCGGAUGCAAUAUUGGAUGUCCACCAGUGGUCGAGUGAGUGA